AGCGACCAGUGCUUCCUCGUCUUCUCUCGUACUACGACGAUCUCGGGCGCGUCAACGACACAACAGCGCGGACGAGGGCACCAACAAGAUGGUGGUUCGCGCAACCUUUGUCAACGCGGAUACCGGAGUAUCCUGUGUUGCGAUCCGUCGCUCGUCAACAUGCCAUUGGAAAAUGGAAACAUCCGCUACGACGAUCGAUCGACCGAAUGAAUAAUAUCGGCGCAGGUCUACUCCAAUGCUACAUGUUUUGUCCAUCGUAACUAUGACUACAACUUAGCCGAGAGAAAUCCGGCCGAACACCACUUAGGAGAAACGCUUAACUUUUCGAGGCCAAUACCGAAGAUUGCGAGGAGUAUCGCAAGAUAUACCAGGAAUAUAAAAAUUUGGUCGACCUGUUGUUAGGAUGCUUUAUGGAGGACAUGGGUAUCACGCCGGAACAAUUCGAGCAUGCCUGCUCCGUUAACAGGGACACAAAAAUUCCUAUACAAUUUCAACAAAAUCUGUUCGAACAAAUAUGGGCCGCGAACGAGUACGAGAUAUUCAAAAGGAUGAUGAUACAAAAGAACCUGGAGCUUCAAUUGCAGGCGUUAAAUAUGAUCGAACAGAAGUACGGUCUCACACCCGCUUCCCUCGUAUACGAGACGGAUAGCAUGCAUGACGAUGAAUUGGUCAUGGAAGACUUGAUACACAAACACGUUCUGGAAGAUCAGAGCGAGGAGGGGCCCGUUAUAUCUCCGGAAACAUCGUUCGUCGCUGAACACGAGCGUUUGGCUGCCGAAUACUACAACGAAAGAGCAUUGUUGGAGGAAGCACUGAGGAAGUCACAAGACGCUUCCAGAAACGCCUCGGACGACGAGUCCGAGGAGAUUCAAUGUGCCUCCCACGAAAAAGAGCCGGUGGAAAAGUUUCGUCCGCUCAGGAGACUCGAGCCGCUUAAUCCGAUUCCGAUUUCACAGAAAGAGUCCAACGAAAACGGGAUGAGCGCGGAAGAUAUGAAGAAGAGGCAGGAUUACUUGAAAGCCAGACGAGACAAACUCGUAGCUCUGAAGAAGGAAGCCAGGAGCCAGCAGCUGGAAAUGAAUAAAACUCGGCCGAGUUCGGCCAGAGUGGUGGCCGUGGCAACCAUGAAGGGUCAGCAAGAACUGGAAGCAGCGCAAACGGUGGACCCUUCGUACUUGAAGUAUCGAAGGGCUCUCGCAGCACGACUGAAAGCCGAAGUUGUACAUAAGUAAACUCGAUUGAUCGGGCGUUGAUUCGCUUUCUCGUGAUAUAAUAUAAUAAUGCUAUAAUCGUAGACAUAAGUCUUAAACUGUGCAUUCACAAUAUGUAUAGAGGCCACGUUUGUAUUCUUCUUCUUUUCUCCUUCGGGAAAUGUGCAACGUGCGUAAAGCCACAUGAUCGUUUUAACAUUUGCCUCGUUGCUUGAAAAAUAUCUUUAUUUCUAAGUAAUUCUAUCAUAAAAGGGUAGAGGGACAUAUAAAGCUAAAGUAUAUAUAUUCACUCGUAUACCAUCAUUGUUUCUUAUUCGGUAUCUGCAGUUUCACGAAAUUGCACUCAAUAAAACGAAAGUACUGCAUUUGUAACAGGUGUCUUCUCACUGCUCAGUCAUCCUCGCGUAAGAAUACGUUCGCGUAAAUGUAAGGUAUUCAGCGAUAAUGAUUUUAUCGUGCUCAUACUCCUAAUGAACGAAGUACGAACGAGUAAGCGUAAACUAAUGCUCGGAAAUUUGCAACUGAGUAGAUCACGUUACAUUGGAUCGCAAUUAAACGUGACGUAGUCUCAUAUUCGCGUCCAGAAAGUCAGAGAGUGAACGAUCAAGGUAGGUUGGAACUUCGGCCAGUAACCCUCCCCCACCAUACCAGUAUAUUCGUCUAAUUUUAGAUUUUAUUUAAUUAAAUACUCUUCGCACUUCUCUACAACACACCGGUAUUUCAGUGUAACACACAUUUAUCAUUCUCACUUCUUGGCGGUCUACUUUCUAACGGAUGAGAUGGAUUCAUAGCAUAAUACCAGCAAUAAGUACGCUUAUGUAUAAAUCUCUAAUUUGUGAUUAUUAUUUAAUUAGUCACUAACACGUGUGUAUCUUUAAUAUAGAAUGAAGGAAAUCAAUAGUCACCUCUCUGUAGCACGUAAAACAAAUUUCAGCCGUAGUUACGCAGUAUUUUUAUUAACUUUAGAAAUAUGUGUUAUGCAGCGUGCAAUUUAACAACAUAAAUCUCAAUUUUUCCCGUCGUUCCGGAAAUCGAUCUUCUAGCUGUCCAAUUACCACAACAACCAAUACAAGAUUAGAAUUUAUUAGUUCGUUAAUUGUUUAUAGUUAAUUACUCAUUCAUAGCUAAUCGUCCAUUAAUCAAUUACAAUUAGAAUCCAAUAAUACGUAAGGUACACAAAAAAAUUCGUAAAAGUUAAGCAACUUUCUUUACAGUAGAGUUGCUUGUUUUGUGCUAUGAAUCCUGCGUGUAGGUGUCAGUCCUGUCGUCAGAUUGAUCUUUCAUUCAUCAGUAGAAUAAAAUGCAAAAUAUCGUUUCUCAAUUCAUUCAGUUAUUACCAUAAUACACACAAAAUUGUAUAUUUUAUGCUUGCUUACUCUCUCUCUCUCUCUCUCUCUCUCUCUCUCUCAUAAUUCACAGAAUUCACGAAUAGCAUUCUCAUAUAAAAAGGUCUCUUUUUCUGUGCAUAUGUAUAUAUAUAUAUAUAUUUAUAUAUAUAUGUCUGUAUAUAUAUAUACUCUCAAAGAAAAAGUUUCUUAUUCUGUCAUUACAUAAUUAAAACGCAUACUAUUAUUAUUAGCACGUGAUAUUGUACAAUGUGUGCAAGUCCGUUUUCUUCCUUUAAUAUUACAUCGAUGUGACGGUUGAAAAAUGUAUGCUUGCGAUCUCGGCGACGGUUUUGAGGCAGAAUGUUUUAGACUGUUGUUACGCUAUGCAUGAAACUUUGUCAUAUCAAAUGUUAUAUUUAACAGAAGGCACGUGAUAAAACCGUGUCUUCGUGGCAGCCAAUGAAUGCAUGAUGAUAUCAAUUUUCAUCUACUUGUAAAUCAAGAGAAGAUUUUUAUCUCAUAUUCAAUCCUCUAAAAUCUCGAAUUGGAGAAUGUAUUUGGCUUAUUGCGUUACCAUCUUUAGAAUUUGGUACAAUACAUACCACAUUUCGUCAAUAUUCUUAAUGUAGAUGUUUAAUAUAAAACUUGAGAUGAAGAUGUGUAUGUGUGUGUGUGUCAAAUGAUAAUUUGAAAUGCUUGAUCAAUGAUAAGAUAGACGAAAAGAGAACUUGGUCUAAAACACUCUGUAUGUACGAAUGUAUAUAUGCAUUAAAUAUCGCAAUUUGAAUAGCACGUGACCGCAUUUUUACUCUCUAAUAUCACUUAGAUAUUAAUUCAUUUGCUCCUUUUCUCUUCUUUUUUUUUUUGUUCUUUUUACAUACAUUCUUUGCACCCAAUGUAGCAUUCUAGGCUUAAUAUUUGUUCUUUAUUAUCGAAUAAAUUGUAGAUAUAUGUAAAACACAUGAAGAAGAACAACAUUACUCAGCGUCAUCUUACUUAACUAAUUAGCGUUAGCCUUUGUUACAUUUUCCUCUCUUUCCUCUCCAGUAAUCAGUCCAGGUUGCACAACAUUUUAUGUACACGUAUCACUCAGCUCCAGCGAAUUUGCCUACUUAAGACUUUAUUCACAGUUUGCUCAUCUCGAUGGCUGAAUUAACUUCUAAAUUCUCUUUCAGUAUCAUAAGUUAAUAUAUAUGUAUAUGUGUACAUGUAUGUGUAUUCCACGGCAUCAUUCCAAGCAUACGUACUUACAAUUCUAAAGCAGUCUUGGAAAUUCUUUCGGGUAUUAGGCAUGUCGGGAAUUCUGUACAUUAGCUUAUAACACUUUUGUUAUAAAGUUAACGCAAUCAUAAAGUAAAGUGUAAAAGCGGAUUCGGUUAUUCGUCGGGCAGCGUGCUACAUGAAUUAUAUAGCGAUAAUAAAUGCGAGAAUCAGAUUCACACCGUCGUCAGUUUCGUCGGUUGCCCUUGUGGUUUAAGGAAGUAGACACUCUUUUCUGGAGCUGAUUCGGGCAGAUGAAUUUGAAUUUUUCUGAUAUGCAUACCGCAAAGUUAAAUUUAAACUGUAAUAAAGCAAUCGCGCGUAUCUAAGAAAAAUAUUCCCCUACAAAUUAGAAUAGCUCAUUGAGUCUAGCACAAAUUAAGAUUCGUAUAUUGCGUCUUGACGUUGUUUUUCUUUUUAGCAGAUAUAUAUAUAUA